AGAGGCCGUGCAUCCACGACAGGGCCUAGACGCCUCAACGUGGCAAGAGACUCUCUGCAGCGUGGUGGAAUCUCAUUGGUCCAACACUUCACUACGUCAUCACGUGCCGGCAAUCCGUGUAUCUCUGCUCCCUUCCCACUUGUGCUGUGCUUAGUGUGCUACGUUUCACAAGUUGCAUUACCAUAAAUAAAAAAAAAAGGAAGGCCCGGGGAUGUCAUGCGGGGUGGCCGACGUGGCUUUCUACAAGUAGAACGCGGCAUCAUUUUCUCAGACGGGGUCAUUGAUACUUGCCAAAACGAUGUUGGCAGGCUUCCACGCUUGCAGUUUCGUAUGACCUUUCAGUUGGCGGAAUGAGACCGAGAGGAAUGGGUGAAGCAACGGUAACAUCGGAACUCUGCUGUGAGGUCGACUUCACCCCCGAUCAAACAGCGAACGAAGGAUUUCGAGGCGAGUCCAGGUUCAGGUUUUCCAUCCCAGGACUCGACGAGGAAAGGGGGAACGAGAUCGGAGAGGACGAAGAUGGGGAUCUGCUUCUGCCCCGAUCACGCCCCAAGGAGUUCUGCAUUUCCGUCAGGCAGAGCACCCGGACGCCGCUGGCGCGGGUGGGGGAGCAGGUGUGGCGGGGGGCGCUGUACCUGGCGGAUUUCCUCGUGUCCCGCGGGGAGGCGCUGACCGACGGGGUGCUGCUCGAGUUGGGGGCAGGGACGGGGCUCACGAGCGUCGUCGCUGCGGCCCUAGGGGCGAGGCACGUCGUUGCCACAGAUGUGGACGUGGGGACGAUCCUGGAACAGUGCAGGGCGAACGUGGAGGGAAACUCGUCUCUCCUGCGAGGGGAAAUAGAAGUUUUGGGUCUGGAUUGGACCCGGCCCGUGGAGGAUCAGAUCUCUCUCUGGCCUAAGGACACCCGAGAGAAACUCGAUUCUCUCCGGUUCAUCAUAGCCGCUGACGUCGUGUAUCACAAUGAGCUGACCGAGGCGUUCAUGGGAACCGUGACGGCCCUUUUUUCCCUGUACCCGAGCAUAAAGGCAGCAUUCAUCGCCCUGGAGAAAAGGCAAGUGCCUUGCCAUGCAUCAUUCAGCCCCAUUCGCUCGCAGUAUGUUUUCACGGUGGAGGAGUUGGACACCGUGGCCCCGAUGUACGAAUAUUUCGUCUCACUGGUUCGAAAGUUGAAGGGGCUCAAGGCCAGUGUGAUCGAGGAUGAGUUUCAACAGUUCUUCUGCUAUCAGAGGACGAAAGAGCUGGUUUUGUGGAAGAUAGAAAGAUAAUGCUGCGCAUCUGUACACUUCAUACACUCAGCACACUCAUUCUAACUCGUGACGAUACCGUAAACAGACGCAGGUGUGUUGGACACAUUCACAUGCAGUGCCUGCAUUCAGGACCUGACUACCGUGGCAAAGCAAAUAAAAUAAUCUGAAAAGUGUGAAGGGGAUGUGACAGUUAAAAUGCCUUUCAUUCUUCAAAAAUAUUCAAAUUCAUGCAGAGGAUCAUCAGAGGCACUGAUGGCAUCCAUGGCAGAGAAGGGG